AUGUCCCUGACGGUCGAGCCAGUCCGCGCGCCUGUGCCGACGGCGGCCGGCGGCACCACGCCCAAGCUGACCAAGACGCAAACCAACGUGGUGACGAUCACGGAGGUGGUGACAGUGCGGCCCGUGACCACCGUGGUACUGACGCACUCGCUGACCGUGCGGCUGGGCGAGCGUGACCUCAGCUCUAGCGCCGACGGCGCACACGUGGACCUGGCCGUGCUCCGCGUCGUGCUGCACCCGCUGCAGGCCGGCGCGUUGGUGACUCUCGGCUGGGGCUUCAGCCCGCUGGCGGUCGGCGAGGCGGCGCAGUCAGCGGUGCUCACGCCGACCGCCGUGCGCGAGGUGAGCGCCGCAGACUGUGACGCCACCUACCAGCUCUUCCCCACGUACGAGCGCGAGUUCCCGCGCGGUGUGGGGGACACGGAGGUGUGCGUGGCGGCAGCGGGGGAGGACGCGCCCGACCGCCAGUGCCCGCAGGACCGCGGCGGCCCGCUGGCAGCCGGCUGCGGCUCGGACGUGCUACCCAGUGUCUACACCCGGCUGGAGCCGUACGAGUCCUGGCUGCGGCAGGUGGCCGCCCAGAUCUCGUAG